AUGGCUACUACCGAUCCCGACGGAGACUCACAGAUGGCCUCCUCCCCGGAGUCCGCACAUAUCCCCUCUGACGGUUCGCAAGCCGGAUCUCGCACUCCAACCCGAAACAUCCCCAACCCGCCGGUCGGAGGUCUCUCCGAACUAUCCCCGCCGGGGUCCCAGACUCAAACCACCUCGAGCAAGCUAGGCAGCGGUGCUCCUGGGACUAAGUCGGGCUCUACAGCACCAGAGGAUCAACCGGGAGCCAAGUGGUUAAAUAAGCGGGCAGAGGAGGAAUACCAGCGUGCGAUGGAGCUUGUGGUGGAUAAGGAUUUCAAUCUAGAUGAGUUCGGAGAUCCGUUUGAUGAGAGGGAUAUGCAGGCAAAGACAUUUUGA